AUGUCUCUUGCACGGGCUCACCGUUCACGAGGCGGCCAUUUUCGCGGUGGCUGUAGGCCCUCUUUUAAUGGAAACCACUAUCACAACUCUAACUCAACCGCCACUACUACCACUUCCAAGAACGACUACUAUGAUUCAAAUAUUAAUUCUAUGUGGAAUUAUAACAAUUACCAUGAUGCAUCAAUGAAUCUUGGGCAGCAGAACUUCAGUUUUAAUUACCCUAAGCCUGAAGUACACCAUUCUUCAAAAAAGAGAAAGUUUUCUGCCUCUAAUUGGGAAAACAACGGGAGACCGUAUCACCAACCCCUCACAUAUGAUCAUGCCUCUUCAACUUGCAACAACAGUUCGCUGGUCACUGCUACUACAAGGCCUAAUGCCAAUGCAAAUAUGGCCACUACCUGCAAACAUGACCGCGCAACAUUUGAGGAUGAUGAUGUGUUCUUUAUGUCAAGGGAUCAGAUUGAGAAUUGCUCCCCGUCGAGGAAAGAUGGGAUUGACUCAUCACGUGAAAUGCAUUUGCGGUACUCAUAUUGCUCUUUCCUUCAGAAUGUUGGUGCUCGGGUUGAGUUGCCACAAACAACAAUUGGCACUGCCAUGGUUCUAUGCCACCGGUUUUUUAUUCGACGGUCACAUGCUUGUCACGAUAGAUAUUUGAUUGCUACGGCUGCUAUUUUCCUGGCUGCAAAGUCUGAGGAGACACCAUGUCCUCUGAACAACGUCUUGAGAGCAUCAUGUGAAAUUCUCCACAAACAGGAUCUAUCUUAUAUCUCCUAUCUGCUCCCUGUGGACUGGUUUGAGCAGUAUCGAGAACGAGUGAUUGAAGCUGAGCAAAUGAUAUUGACAACUCUAAAUUUCGAGCUUAGUGUGCAGCAUCCAUAUGCUCCUCUUACAUCCAUUCUGAAUAAACUAGGGUUUUCACAAUCAGUCCUGGUGAAUCUGGCUUUGACCUUGGUUAGUGAAGGGGUCUAUAGAAGAUUAGCGUGCUCAACUGCAUUAUAA